AUGAUCAACCUUUGGGGUGUGGUAUCAGUGGUGAUAUUCUACCUGCUCAUUCUAGGAGUGGGAAUAUGGGCUGCUCGCAAAAAGGAGUCGGGCAACAAUUCCGAGGAGGAGGUUAUGCUGGCUGGAAGGUCCAUUGGCCUGUUUGUCGGCAUAUUCACUAUGACAGCGACCUGGGUGGGAGGAGGUUAUAUCAACGGAUCAGCUGAGGCUAUCUAUACGACGGGGUUGGUUUGGUGUCAGGCGCCCUUCGGAUAUGCUCUCAGCUUGGUUUUUGGUGGUAUCUUCUUCGCCAAUGAAAUGAGGAAGCAGGGCUACAUCACCAUGUUGGAUCCUCUUCAAGACACAUUUGGUGGCAGGAUGGGAGGUCUUCUCUUUUUGCCAGCUCUGUGUGGAGAGGUUUUUUGGGCUGCUGGAAUUUUCGCUGCAUUGGGAGCCACAUUAAGUGUGAUCAUAGACAUGGACCAGAAUACGAGCGUUAUACUGAGCUCCUGUAUAGCAGUUUUCUACACACUUUUCGGAGGCCUCUACAGUGUCGCCUAUACUGACGUCAUACAGCUCUUCAGUAUAUUCAUCGGAUUGUGGAUGUGCGUACCAUUUGCGUGGAUGAACGAGAAGGUGCUUCCACUAUCGAGUCAGGAGGUGGAUUGGAUAGGUCAUGUGGAUAGCAAGGACUACGGAGUCUACAUCGACAAUGGGCUGCUGCUCAUUUUCGGCGGUAUUCCAUGGCAGGUGUACUUCCAGAGAGUGUUGUCGAGCAAAUCAGCUGCUAGGGCUCAAAUUCUGAGCUAUGUGGCUGCCUUCGGCUGCCUCAUUAUGGCAAUUCCUCCAGUUCUCAUUGGUGCCAUUGCUCGAUCUACUGGCCUCCGAAAAGGAAAUCAUCUGGGUGAUGAGGAUAUCAAUAUUUGUUGUUGGUAUUCUCUCUACUGUCAUGGCGCUCACAAUUCCUUCCAUCUAUGGGCUUUGGUCAAUGUGUUCAGACCUGGUCUACGUGAUCCUGUUCCCGCAGCUUCUGAUGGUGGUUCACUUCAAACACCAUUGCAACACAUACGGCUCCCUCGCCGCCUACAUUAUGGCGUUCCUGGUGCGCCUCUCAGGCGGGGAGCCCCUCAUGGGCCUGCCUGCCCUCAUCCACUACCCAGGGUGGGACGAGGAGGAGCAACGUCAGCUGUUUCCCUUCCGCACAAUGGCUAUGCUCAUCUCUCUCAUCACACUGGUCGGAGUGUCUUGGGUCACCAAAUGGGCAUUCGAGACAGGACGACUGGCACCAGGCUAUGACUGGUUCAAGUGUGUGGUGAACAUCCCUGAAGACGUGGUGAGGGUGGGUGAACCGGCAGAGGGUGAGCAGAUGUCCAUGACUGCAGGAGCCAUGGGUCGCAUGUAUGGUGCAGCCACCAUGGUCGGAAAGGAUGAGAUGAACGGCCGCAUAAAUCCCGCCCUGGAGACGGACGACGACGAUCCCGCACUGGAUCUGGCGGAUCUGCGGCAACGCAACGUGGCCAGCGGAGCGGCUGCGGCGGCGGGACGAAACGCAAGCGGGGGCGGCGGCGGCGGAGGUGCGGGACACAUGAACCCUGGACCCGCUGCUACGGGCAUUCAGGGGCAGACCUCGCUCUAAGCGGGGCACGGGUGGAGUCGGUGGACCAGUGGGCGGAACUCUGAUCGGGAAGGUUAACAUCUGAGAUGCUAUUGAACUAAGAGGAGGGUUUAUAUCUGAGAACUAGUUUUAUGAAAAUACAUUUUCUAGAAUAUGACACUGGAAAAGUGUCACUAUCCAACUAAAUAUUCACAAUACAAUUCCUCA